UGGGUGGUCCCCUCCCCACCCCUGGCCCCGGGCUGCUUGGCUGUGGGACGGGGGCCAGGAUGGUGAGUCUCCUGCUCCACCCGCGGCAGCACCUGAGGAAGGAGGCCGCCUUGCACGUGCGCAGAGACUUCCACCCCCGGGUCACCUGCGCCUGCCAGGAGCACCGGACCGGCACCGUGGGCAGAUUUAAGAUCUCCAAGGUCAUUGUGGUGGGGGACCUGUCGGUGGGGAAGACUUGUCUCAUUAAUAGGUUCUGCAAAGACACCUUUGAUAAGAAUUACAAGGCCACCAUUGGAGUGGACUUUGAGAUGGAACGAUUUGAGGUGUUGGGCAUCCCCUUCAGUCUGCAGCUCUGGGAUACCGCUGGACAGGAGAGAUUCAAAUGCAUUGCAUCAACCUACUACCGAGGAGCUCAAGCCAUCAUCAUUGUCUUCAACCUGAAUGAUGUGGCCUCCCUGGAACAUACCAAGCAGUGGCUAGCUGAUGCCCUCAAGGAGAACGACCCUUCCAGCGUGCUUCUCUUCCUUGUGGGUUCCAAGAAGGACCUGAGUACUCCCGCUCAGUAUGUGCUAAUGGAGCGAGACGCACUCAAGGUGGCCCAAGAGAUGAAGGCUGAGUACUGGGCAGUCUCGUCUCUCACUGGUGAGAAUGUCCGGGAAUUCUUUUUCCGUGUGGCGGCACUGACCUUCGAGGCCAACGUGCUGGCUGAGCUGGAGAAAUCAGGGGCCCGGCGCAUCGGGGAUGUUGUCCGCAUCAACAGUGAUGACAAUAACCUCUACCUAACUGCCAGCAAGAAGAAGCCCACAUGUUGUUUGUGAGGGACUGCCCAGCCCUGGGGCACUGUGCCACUUUGACUUGCCUGGAACUCUCUCCCUGGACAUCUGCAAUGACUAUUAGUCCAAACCAAAGAGCUGCCCGUUGGUGGCAGUACCCCCAGAGGGGUAGUUGGGACCAUGCUAGUCACUUCCUGCCCCUGGGCACCAUACCAAAGACUGGAUGCCCCCUCAUCCAGGGACUCCGCAGGGUGCCCAGUGGUGGGGAGGUGGUCCCUGCCGCUUUUGCUCAACAUGCUGGGCCUUGGGGGUAGGAGGAUGCUAAAUGAUCCCAGCCUCACACUGUGCCUUACGCAUUAAAAUCUCUGUUAUUAGCA